AUGGCUGAAGCAGCUGAGCCCAGUGCCGAACCCCAACGUGCCGAAGGUAAAAUCCUGCAUCCUGCAGAGAAGUUUCUGGGGCUCCUACCCAGACGGGACCCACGCUCCGUGCUCAAGGUAUCUCAACUGUUGCUCAGGGCCAUCAGCGAGCACAGGGGCCUGACCCUGGCUGCGCUCAAGAAGGAGCUGGGAAACGCUGGCUACCAAGUGCGUAAGAAGCUGGGCCGCUCGACGACGGGGGACGCGGCCAGGCCCGAGGCCAAGGGCACGCUCCUGCGGGUGAGCGGCAGUGAGGCCGCCGGCUACUUCAAGGUCUGUAAGAUCCCCAAGGGCAGGAAGAAGCCCGGCCGGCCCAGGCUGGAGGAGGCCAACCGCUGGAGAAGGCUCCGCCCCGAGCCGAUGCAACGGGGGCGGCACACGCGUCGCCUGGCGGCCAAGAAAGCCAGAGAGGUCUGGAGAUGCAACUCGAAGGUCACGACCAAGCCCAAAAGGGUCAAGGCCAAGUCCAGGGAGUCGGUGCGCUCCCGCACCAAGGAGGAUGCGCGGGCCAAGGGGGUAGAGGAGGGCAGAGGACGUCCCUCCAAGGAAGAUGCCGGGCCUGGGUCAGGAGAAGAAAGGAGGCCCAGCUCCAAGGUCAGGGAGGAGAAGAAGCCGGAAGCCGAGAAGCCGGUGAAGAAGCCCGGCCAGAAGACCCAGCCGGUGAAAAGCGACGGCAGUUGCUCCAGCCAGGGCAAGGUGCGCACCAAGUCGUCUGUGAAGUCGGACAGUCCACGGAUCGCAGUCGAGAGCCCGUAG